AUGUCCACCCCAGCCCCAACAGACAAACCCAAGCCAUGCUGUGUAUGCUUGGACGAGAAAAAGACUCGUGAUGAGUGUCUCUUGUUCAACGGCCAGGAAGGUGGCAAAUGCGACGAGUUGAUCCAGAAGUACAGACCAGCUAUUGCCACCAACUCUGCCGCAGAGGCAAACUUAGUCGUCGAAAAAUAG